AUGGGGAUUUCAAAUGAGCUGAUCACAGUACGGCUAGGAAACCCGGAUUUCAAGACUCUUGUAUCAGCAUGUCUUGUCUUCAUGCUAGCCUACGGGGCUUUGAGCAUUUUCAAGGCACUUUGGCACGGCUUCACAGGCCCUUUGGCCAAGAUACCCGGGCCAUGGCUCAAUAGAGUCACAGCUUUGCCCUGGAUGGCGGCUGUCGUCAGAGGCAAGGCCUUCGAGCAGGGGAUCAACUAUAACCGCAAAUACGGUGACAUUGUCCGAGUAGCCCCCGAUCUCGUACUCGUCUCCGACGAAGAGUCCAUCCACCAGAUUCUGGUAGGCAUGGAUCUCCGAAAGAGCGUACUGUACGAAAAGUUCAGCCAAAACGAAGACGGCGUGACCCUCUUCACCAUGAGGGAUCGGGCGCAGUACCGCACUCGUCGAAGGCUGUUUUCGCACGGGUUCUCCAUCAGCUACCUCAAGGGCCUCGAGCCGCUGAAGCUGAGCUGCAUCGAGGCGCUUGAGGAGUUCAUCGACCACCAGUGCGCUCGGGAUGGAGGCGAAACUAUCAUCGAUGCUUGGAAUCUGAUGGGCCGUCUCGCGUCGGACAUCAUGAGCGCGACCGCUUUUGGGGGCUCAUUUGAGCUGGUGAAGAACGGGGAGCACCCCAUUCGCAAGAAGUUCUCCGAGAGCUUCAAGAGAGGCACCAUAUAUCAACUUCUCCCUUUCUUGAAGUAUAUUCCCUUCCUACCGAAGUUUCGGGAUCCCGAGCUCGCCCAACUGGUCAACGAGAUCAUUGAAAAGAGGCAGGCCUCUACCGACAAGUUGGCCAAGCCGGACCUGCUCCAGCUCCUCCUCGACACGCACGAAAAGAACCCAGAGACCCUGUCGCGCAUCGAAGUGUUUGCAGAGAUGCUCGUCUUCUGGUUGGCGGGCAGUGAGACCACGGCUAGCACGCUCACUUUUGCGAUGAUGUUCCUGCUCAACGACCCAGCUUCCUACCAGAGACUCGUCGACGAGAUCCGCGGGAAGUUUCCCAUGCCAGAUUCACCGGUUUCGGAUGACGAGACGACGGAUUUGCCGUUCAUGCACGCUGUUCUCAAAGAGACGAUGAGACUUGCUCCUCCGGCUACCGGCGGGCUCCAGAGGCAAACUGACGAAGAUGUGAUUCUGUCUGAUCACUUGAUACCGGCUGGGACCAGAGUGACUGCAAACACCACCGUAUUGCAUUGGGAUGAGAAGCACUGGCCCGACGCAGAGAAGUUCGUCCCCGAGAGAUGGCUGUCUGACUACAAGGGCACGGCCGCCAGCGAGAAAACGGCAUAUUACCCCUUUUCUGCAGGAUCGAGGAAUUGUAUUGGAAAACAGUAA